AUGACAAAAGCAAUGGACUUCCUCGCCACUCUCAUCAACCGGGGAAUCUCCCACAUCGACGCCUCCGAUGUCGCUCUUACCAUCUCUGGCAUCCUCGCCCAGAUUAGCAUCUCCCUCUUCGGCCUCGGCCACUACCCCUGUGACAUCCUCUCGUCUGCGAUCAACAUUCCACGCAUGACGCUCGUCGGCGACCACUUUGGCGCCAUGUUCUCCUUGUUUGCCGUCGCCAUCUCCAAGACUUCAUGGGCCGUCACUCUGCUCCGGCUUUUUCAGCGGGGUGGCUCCACCACCGCCUCCUCCUCUUCCACCUGGUGGCCAAACCAACACCAAUUCAACAUCUGGAUAGUUUGGUUCGUCAUCAUAACCGCCUGCCUCGUCAAGGGUACGCAGGGGGUGUUAGUCUGGAUCCCGAAAUGCGGAUCGCCGGCCGCUGCGCUUGGGAAUCCAGAUAUGUGUGUGCAGAUUAGACCGCUGAACGCGUUCGCGACGUUUGCGGCGAGCAUGAGUGGGACUUAUGAUAUCUUGCUGGCGGUGGUACCGUGGAAGACGAUUUGGGGCACGGGACUGGGGAAGAGGGAGAAGUUGGCUUUGGCGGUGACCAUGAGCGUGGGGGCGGUGGGCAGGGUGACGGCUUUUAUGAUGGCGGUGAAGAUAAGGGGGAUUACAAGUGAGAAUUAUACUUUAUGGUCUACCGCCGAGUCGGCCACUACGACCAUGGCCGCUUGCAUUCCCGUCUACCGCGCCUUCUGCCAUAAACUCCGCACCAAGUUGCUGACGCAGUACCGUUCGCAUGGCAGCAAACAGCGUUCGGCGAUGUCGACGGGCAAGAACGGUUCCGGCGGUAGUGGUGGAGGGUAUCAUGGCCCGACUGAUGACAAUGCGAGCGAUCGGGCUAUUUUGCCUGUUUAUGACUUGGAGAACCGCGGUAGGAGUGGGAGUGUGGUAGCUGCCUCAAGAAAUAGUGGGAAGAUCCUGAUGACGCAGGAGGUCAAGAUUGAGUAUCACCAUCGUGAUGAUGAUUUGGAGGGCGUUGAUGUGUUGGAUGAGAGGGGGCAGGGGCACUUGGCGCCGUUACCCCGCAUGAAGCUUUCUAGUGGAGCUCACCCGUACAGUCCCUUACAACAUUACGGAGCCUCGGAGCUUCUUCAAGCUUCAGGUACCUUGGCCGGCAAUUCGCACCCCCACCGGGCGAUCCAUCCCGUCCAUGCGCCGGAGCAUUUCUUUUCCUCCAACCUUUCUUCCUCCAGCCCGACCUUGAUUGAUCUUUCGUCGUCCGUCGCCGCCGACUGUUUACCAAGGUUCCGAUCCCACGACGACGCCAUGCUUCGCCAGCUUGGAGCCGCUCCCCUCGCGCGGGGCCGAUUCGCCCUUUCGCGAUCAAGCACGACGAUCCGCACUUUGUCCUCGUCAGCAGCUCUUCGUGAUGAUAGUGCUACUACAACUCCUGCCACUGCGGACAGUGCCAAACCUACCAAGUCGGCCAAGCCCCAGUUGACUUGGCGUAAGGUUUAUCCCAAGAAGCCCAAGGGAGGCAACGGAAAAGCGGACAAAUUGACAGAGAUCCAGAACAAGUUCGAGAUGGAACUCAGCCGGUUGAAGAAGGAUAUCGCCUGGCUCAAGGGAACCGAAAACAAAGCCGACAAGAAGAGACCCGGCAAGGGUGACGAAGAGAAUAAAAUGGCACAACUUCAGAAGGAGCACGACCAGCACGUCGCUAACUUGAACAACGCCAUCGCCCAGCUCAGGAAAUCCAAUGAUCAGUACCGGAAAGAAAGGGGAGCGUUACGGCUAGACAUUGUCAAUUUAAAGAGGCUCACAGGGCAGACUCCUGCAAGGCCCGCACAGGACCAGGCGAAGCUGCUUGAACUAUACGAGCAGAUUGUCAAGGAAGCCCGUGAAUUCAAGGCCGGCACGCCACAGUCCGUGAAGGUGGUCGAUGGGAGUCAGCAGCUCCUCGUCACCCUGGCCCAGCCCGACGGCACCGCCAAGCAACUGCCCAUGUCCCUCCACUGGCUGCGCGAUACAUGCAAGUGUCCGCACUGCGUGAACCCCGACUCUGGUCAGAAGAACUUCUCAAGCACCUCUUUGCCCGAGACCCUCGAGGUCCAAAGCGCCAACGUCAAUGCUGCUGACGGCUCCAUCACCAUCGUCUGGGCCAACGAUGCCGUCAGCGCCAACGCGACAUCCGAAGCCACCACGCACACCUCCACCUACGACUCCUCCGACAUCUUCUCCUGGCAGCUUCCCUACGACCUCGCCGGCAAGCUCCUCCCCGUCGAGCGCACGCUCUGGGACCGGUCCAAGCUCCAAGAACACAUCGACUCCGGCGACCUGCGCGUCUCGUACAACGACUGGGUGACCUCCGACGAGGCCUUCUGGAAAGCCUUCGAGUCUCUCGCCCGCUUUGGCAUCCUCUUCGUGCACUCGAUCCCGUCCGACCGCGCGCUCGUCGAAUCGCAAGUCGAGAAGAUCGCCAACCGCAUCGGCAUCCUCAUGCACACCUUCUACGGCUUCACCUGGGACGUGCGCUCAAAGCCUCGCGCCGAGAACGUGGCCUACACCAACGUCUUCCUCGGUCUGCACCAGGACCUGAUGUACAUUGACCCCCCUCCCCGCUUGCAGCUUCUGCACUGCAUCGCCAACUCCUUCGAAGGCGGCGAGUCUUUGUUUGCUGAUGGAGCGCGCGCCGCGUACUCCCUCGAACUCAACAAACCCACGGCCUUCAGCCAGCUUUACAAGAACCGCUCGCCGCAGUUCCACUACCAGCGCAACGGCCAUGACUACCACAAGAGCCGCAACACGUUCCGCUGCUCUGGACGGAUAGGCGGAGGCCAGGGUUUCCUAGAGAGGAUCCACUGGGCGCCGCCCUUCCAGGCGCCGUUUGCCCAACAGCAGAAGGGUCCGGCGGCGACGAACGUGCUCGGGGAUAAGCUCGUUCAUGUCGAGGGGGACAAUAUGGUGGUGGCAGAGGAGAAGAAGAGCGUCAUGACCACGUGGUUGCCGGCGGCCAAGGAGUUUGAGCGCGAGAUUAGCGCGGAGGAGAAUAUGUUUGAGCUCAAGAUGAAGGAGGGCGAGUGCGUGAUCUUCGAUAACUGGCGUGUCUUGCACGGACGCAGGGAGUUCAAGACGGAAGGACAGGCGGAGGGCGCUGAGAGGUGGUUGAAGGGCACGUAUAUCAGCCAGCAGGUGUACAAGGCAAUGGAGAGUAAGUUGCAGUGGAGGUUGGCGGAGAAGGAGGGCGGCAUUCCCUUGGUUUGGGGUGUGGCCGAGCUGCAUGGCUUGGGCUGGAAGGAGAGGGGCCAGUUGCCGCAGCCGGAGGAGGCUCCUAAGGAGAAGACUACUGCUGCUCCUGCCCAGGCUGAGGAGGCUCCCAAGGUCGAGGAGGCUCCCAAGGUCGAGGAGGCUCCCAAGGUCGAGGAGGCUCCCAAGGUCGAGGAGGCUCCCAAGGUCGAGGAGGCUCCCAAGGUCGAGGAGGCUCCCAAGGUCGAGGAGGCUCCGAAGGUCGAGGAAGCUGUUAAGCCUGAGGGUGCCCAAAACGAGGGACCUUCGCGCCAGCCCGAGGAACAGUUGGGCACGGUGAACUGGAACGCAUAA